UUGUGUAUCUUCCGCCGAAUUAAAAUGAGAUUCCUGGCAACAGUGUGUGUUUUAUCUUUUCAAUUGAUCCUCUGCGCAAGGGGAAUCGUUGAUGUGGCAGAUCUUGCCGAAGGUUACAAGAAGGAAGGGUUAAUUCCUGAUGUAUUAGAUACAGCACCGAAAAAUUUUCUUCCGGUCAGUUACAAUAACAAGGAAUUCGGAUUUGCAUCAGAGUUAACACCGACGGAAGUGAAAGAUGCUCCUACUCAUAUAGGAUGGGGUUUGGAUUCUUCAAGCUUUUACACUCUUAUCAUGAACGAUCCGGACGCGCCGAGUAGGCAAGAUCCAAAGAUGCGCGAAUUUCUUCACUGGGCUGUGGUCAACAUUCCCGGAGACGACUUCAGCAAGGGUGAAACUUUGGCCGAGUACAUGGGCGCUGGACCACCGCAAGGAACGGGUCUACAUCGGUACAUCAUCACGCUUUAUCGUCAGCCGAGCAAGUUGACGUUCGACGAGAAACCUAUGAACAACCUGUCGAUAGAAGGACGAGUCAACUUCAAUUUGCGAAAAUUCAUCGAGAAGUACAAGCUCGACGAACACGUGGCUGGAAAUAUGUUCAAGGCGCAGUACGACGAUUACGUGCCGGAGUUUUAUAACAAAAUGGGGAUGUAGUUCUUUUUGACCAUCGAGAAAUGCUCAAUAUUGAGCUUUUUGUAUUAUCGUUGUACUUUAUCAUAUCAUAACGACGCAAUAAAUCAUUUUGUGAGUUGAAGGAACGCGUUGAUUAUAUUCAUAUUGGAUUAUUAAGAGUUUGAGUGACAGUUGGCAAAAAAACUGUAGAGUCAAGCAAGCUAAGUGUGCCUGAUGGAUCGAAAUGUCUGGCUAUCAGACAUAAUUAUAUAUGACAUCGCACUAAACUAACAUUCGAUCGCAUGACAUACCAGAGUUUAUAAAGUUUUCGCAAUGAUGCAAGGCAUCAGUCCCCUUCAAGCUGCGAAGGAAGAAUGCUUUUUAUAAUCGGUAUUCUCGCCCAACUGUGCUGGCUUGUCACAGCAGAUGUAGAAUCAUUUUUCAUAAAAAACAAAAUCGUACCAGAUGUUUUGGACAAACCACCUACCAAGCCUUUUUCGAUAGCAUACGAGGGCAAAAGCGUACAACUUGGCGAAGAAUGGACACCAACGGGAACCAUACCGAUUCCAACUGUGAAAUGGGAUUUCGAGUCGUCAACUUUUUACACCAUUAUAAUGAUUGAUAUCGAUCCUCCAAGUCGCGCAAAGGCAAACUUCCGCGAAUUCGUCCAUUGGUUCGUGGUAAACAUUCCCGGAAACGACAUCAGUCAAGGCCAAACAAUAGCGGAAUACACACCAACUGCUCCGCCCAUAGACGGGGGUAUGCAUCGCGUUGUGUUUCUCGUCUACAAACAGCCUGAGAAAUUAACCUUCGACGAGCCGUACGCUGGAAACAGAUCGUUGGACGGUCGCUUUUACUUUUCGCAGAGAAAAUUCAGCGCCAAGUACAAUAUGGGGGCACCGAUCGCUGGCAACGUCUUUUUCUCCCAGUACGAUGAUUAUGUGCCGAUUAUUUACCAAGAAUUCAUGGAUAACAUGAGCGAAUAGUAUAUAUAAUCGUAUUAUAUUAUGUGUAAUUUGAGAGAAUAUGAAUUAUUA